CUCACUCACUGUAAGCGCCACGCCGCGACAGACAUCCAGCGCCGAGGGUUCCAUCGUGAAUCGUGAUGCGCGAUCCGGCCCGGCCCCCGCAUCAUCCUCCACACCCCUUUGUUUGCUGCACAGCGCGCGGCUGCCUGAUCAGUUAUCACUGCAUCUCGCCCCCCGGGCCAUGGUCAUUGGCUGCGGCGGCCGUCAUGGAGCUUCCGCAGAGCGUGCCCGGUCGUUGAUGACCUACAAGUGCGAAUAUAAGGGGCUCUCACGCGUCGCAGGCAAUGCUGCCGGGCUUCUGCGCGCGUCUCUUCGCCCCCCCACGAAGACGACGACGACACUUGCUGAUGCCGCUUCGGCUCCCAUCUGCCGCACGCGACGAACCAGGUGCCGCUCUCUGCCAUUUAUCAUGAAACGAGCCAUGACUGCGGACAGGUCAGGCGGCAGUCACCGCCUGUGGAAUCCCACGCUGGGGAUCCGCUUCUCGCCCAGCCCAACGUCGACGCCGCCGCCGCUGUACCCUCCGCUGGACGUGGCUCGCUUCGCCCAUGCCGCCGCCGGCGCGGAACGCAGCGUCGACGUGCUAGAGGGGGGGACCGAGGAUGAGAAAGGGAGGCGUGACGAAGGCCACCGAAUCCACGCCGGCCCGUCGAAACUCCUCGCGGAAGAAGCCGUCAACGUCCCAGCGCCGGCAGACGGCAGCCGGGGCGGCACCCAGACCAUGUCCGCCGCCAAUGUAGCGCCUUCGGCGGUGGACGCCGGCGAGCGUGGCAAGGCCCAGGACCGCGCCGUGAACCCGUCGUCGCCGCCGCGCACAUCGCUGGGCUUCAACAUGUCGGACGACCUGUUCCACGCGGCCCGUACCGCCGCCGGCGGGUCCCCCGAGUCGUACUGGUCACACAAGCUCUACCGGCGCGGUUUCGAAAAGGUCGUCGUCCACUACUGCACCAGCAGGCACACCAUGGAGUUGGUUUGCCGCAAGUACUUCCUCGGCGAGCCUGUCCUCGGCUUCGAUCUCGAGUGGCAGUCCUACGCGACACUCGCCCAUGGGCCCCGCGAGAACGUCUCCCUCAUCCAAAUCGCGAGCCCCAGCCGCAUCGGCCUUUUCCACGUGGCCCUGUUCGGCUCCUCUUCCUCCUCGUCCACCACCUCCCGCAAGGCGUCCCCCGAAGACCGCUCCGUCUUCGUCGCGCCCACAUUUCGCGCCAUCAUGCAGGACUCAGACGUCACCAAGGUCGGCGUGCACAUCCAGGGCGACUGCACCCAUCUCAGAAAGCACCUCGGCGUGUGCACCCGCGGCGUCUUCGAGCUCAGCCACCUAUACAAGCAGGUCAAGUACUCGGCCGCCCGCACGCCAGGCCUCAUCAACAGGAGGAUCAUCGCCCUGUCCACCCUGGUCGAGGAGUGCCUGCGCCUGCCGCUGUACAAAGCCCCCAGUGUCCGCUCGAGCAACUGGAUGCGACGCCUCAACGACAAGCAGCUGCAGUGUACGUGUGUGACUUUGCGCCAAGGCUGCGCUUCUGCUGUUUCUUUCUUGUUCAACUUUUCUCUCUCUGUCUGUCUGUGUGUGUAGGUGCUGACUGAGUAGAUGCCGCGUCGGACGCCUACGCUGGCAUCCAGCUGUACUACGUCUUAGAGGGAAAACGCAUGGCGCUCGAUCCCUGCCCGCCGCGACCUCACAACGCCGAGCUCGGCCUCCCCAUCCCUUUUAUAAUGCCAAAGUCAGACCCGGAGCCGGGCAGUGACGCCGACGACUCCAUUCAGGAACAGCCCACCAGUGGCAACGCCGCCGCCGCCGCCGCAUCCACGCCCCAAUCCGCCGCAGUGACGCAGACGCCCGAGGAAGCCCCAUCCCUUCUCCCAUCUCCCGAGCCUCGCAACCCGCCCGUCGCCCCCCGCGCUGAUCUCCGCCGCCGCGAGUUCCGCUCCUCCGAGUACAUGCCCAAGGCAGUCCCAUCCCCUCUACCACCCCCCAAGGCUCAGGACGCGCGCGUCGUCGCCGCUGAGCUCUGCAGCCGCGAGUACCGCUCCUCCAAGCAGAUGCGCGUGUUGGCGGCGCCGGCCGCCCUGCGCGCCUACUACCUGUGGCACGCCAACGACGGACUGGGGCCUGGCCCGAUUGCCAGACUCUUGAGAGACCCGCCACUCCAGGUCAACACCGUCGUGUCGUACAUCCUUGACGCCAUCAAAGCGGAGGGGCUCCCCUACGACAAGGCGAGGCUUGGUGAGGAGAUACUGCCACUGCUGGACACGAACCGGGUAGAUGGACGGUACCGCUCCCUCACGGAGGCGUGCGCGGCGGACGGCUCAGGGGGCGCGGCAUCAUGAUAGGGAAACUCCCAUCUAUUGGUAUAUAUACUCAAAUCUAUCAUCUAUGACGAAAGCAGUCCUCUCCCCCUAUUGAUCUGCACCUUCUUGUCCUCGCCUCCGCUUACAAUGCCCCACGUCUUGUCCCACACAACGCUCAGCACCUUGGCGCCGUCGCCGGCGGCCGGCAGCUUUUUGCCCUGCAGCCACUCCCGGCCGAUGGUGUAGGCGGCCUCGCUCACGCGACCUCCGCCCUCCUCGAGACCGCCAGGCCGCACGCUGCGCAGGUCCCAUACGCGGCAUGUGCUGUCGUGCGAGCCGGAAACGAGGGAGUAGUCGUUUUCGGGCGACGGCGACAGCGAGACGACCAUGUUGACGUGGCCGCGCAGGGUCAUGGCGGCCGUGGCCGCGGCCGACUCGCGGGGAUCGAGGAGGGUGAUGUGCCUGGCCGACGUGCCGGCCGCGAUCAGCGAGUUGGUGGGGAGCGCGGCGGCGCACAUGAUGGGGUGCAUCGUUGUCAGCCGCGAGACCUCCUUUUGCGUCGUCAGGUCGAUGGUCCGGACGGUAUGAUCCUGCGAGGCAGAGUACGCGACGGUGGCGUCGUUGGGGUGGAAGAUGGCGGCCGUCACGGC